AUUGGAACGGUUGCUAAAGGAUGUGCUCUUGGACAUUUCAGUUUUGGGCAUGAGAUUGGUCAUGGAUUUGGGCUGGCUCAUGACAGAAGGGUUGCAGCUACCAGCAGUAACAAUUAUGCAUAUGGAUACGUUAUAGCUCCUAGACUUUACAGAAGUAUUAUGGCGUACAGUACUGCUGGUGAAAAGAGAGUCAACUACUACUCUAGUCCAUUAAUAAAAUACCAGGGUUAUGCAACAGGAACUUCAACUGCAGAUAAUGCCAGAACCUUAGUGGAGAACAGAUUUGCAGUUGCAGCCAUUGGAGACGAGUCCAUGUCAUGUUCAGGCACUUCAGCAUCAGUAACCUCACCCCCAACAUCAGUUACUUUGCCCCCAACAUCAGUAACCUCGCCCCAAACAACAACAGUUAGCUCAAGCUGUGUUGACAAAUUUUCUAACUGCAAGGACUAUAUCAACCAGUGCUGGCACCCUGAUGUUUCCUCAGGAUGCCAGUUGACUUGUAGAUUGUGUCCUGGAAUGACUCCUGUGAGUUCAACUGUCUGUUUUGACAGAUACAGUAACUGUGUUUCCCUUGCUAGGGCUGGAUUCUGUUACAGCCAAAGAGUUUAUGAAUCUUGUUCGUCUGCCUGUGGACUAUGCUAAGAAUCUUCACCUUUCUUUAAAACUGUAUAAAAAUUGUUUUCUUUCUAAGCUAUGCACUUGAUAAGUUCAAUAAUUAUUUUUUUUAUUUUGUGUUAUCGAACUUUAAGAAUGAGAAGGAUAUUUAUUAUGUAUUUGUUUGAAUAAAAGCUGAUA